AUGGGUAACAACUCCAGCUGCAGCCUUCAAACCCCUGCAGCAACUGCAGCAGCAGCAGCAGCAGCAACAGCAGCAGCAGCAGCAGCAGCAGCAGCAGAUGCUGGGGGGAGCGAGCGACAGCAGCAACAGCAGCAGCAACAGCAGCAGCAGCAGCAGCAGAAGCAGCAGCAGGAACGUCCCCCGGAGCCUCUCCCUCCUCUGCUGCUUCAGCAGCAACAGCAGCAGCAACAGCAGCAGCAGCAACAGGAGCAGCAGCAGCAGCAGGAGAUAUAG